GCCACUUGCCUUCGGUGCCCGGUCCUCUGGCCGCUCUCCUCCCGCCCUCGCGCCCCUCGGCCCGCCCCGUCCAGCCCGGGCUGCCCGGCUCCCGCAGGCCCCCCCGCCGCCCGCGUUCCUAUGGACAGACGCACCGACGCACAGACACCUGCAGGAGAGACACUGCUGAUCCUGUAACAUGGAGGAUUGUCUUCAUACCUCAUCUGAGAAUCUGUCCAAAUUGGUCAGCUGGGCCCACAGCCAUGGGACUAUUUGCAGCCUCAUUCCAAACCUGAAACACUUGCUCUCUGAAGGUUCCCAUGGGAACCUGACAGCAAUGUGGGGCUGUAGUGCUGGCCAUGCUUAUCACUGGCCACUAACGGCUACUUGCAGAGCUGGUUCCCAAGAGAGGGUCUGUUUCCAGGAUAACAGAAGUUUUAACUCUGAUAGUCCCAGCAUAAUUGGGGUGCCCUCUGAGACACAGACUAGCCCUGUUGAAAGGUACCCUGGGCGACCAGUGAAAGCAAAGCUAGACUGUAACCGGACCAGAGACUCUUGUGACUUCUCCUAUUGUAGUGAGCCCUCUGAACUGGAUGAAGCUGUUGAAGAAUAUGAAGAUGAGAACACCCUGUUUGACAUGGUUUGUGAGUCCUCUGUUACAGAUGAGGAUAGUGACUUUGAACCCCAGACCCAAAGGCCUCAAAGCAUUGCUCGCAAAAGACCUGGGAUAGUCCCGUCUUCCCUCCAUUCAAGCUCCCAGGCGCAGAUGGUUGAUGAAUGCAGCAAUGAUGUCAUCAUUAAGAAAAUCAAACAAGAGAUCCCCGAAGAUUAUUACAUUGUGGCAAAUGCAGAACUGACAGGAGGGGUAGAUGGACCAGCCCUGUCCUUGACACAGAUGGCAAAACCCAAGCCUCAGACUCAUGCCGGUCCCUCCUGUGUAGGGUCUGCUAAACUGAUUCCCCAUGUAACAUCUGCCAUCAGCACAGAGCUAGACCCACACGGUAUGUCUGCAUCCCCCUCUGUGAUCUCCAGACCAGUUGUCCAGAAGACUGCCAGGGUAUCUCUGGCUUCGCCAAACAGAGGACCCCCUGGUAGCCAUGGUGCCAACCAACAGGUGGCCAUGCAAAUGCCUGUGAGCACAUCCCAUCCUAACAAACAGAUCAGUAUCCCCUUGUCUGCCCUGCAGCUGCCUGGACAGGAUGAGCAAGUUGCUUCUGAAGAGUUCCUGUCCCAUCUGCCCAGCCAGGUCUCCUCCUGUGAGGUAGCCCUUUCUCCCUCAGUUAACACAGAGCCAGAAGUGAGCUCCAGUCAGCAGCAGCCCCCAGUCGCUCCAGCCAUAACCACUGAGGCCACAGCACAGUGCAUACCAGACCAGGAUGAAAGAGCAGCUGAGCUCAGCAGGGAGCAGAACGAGAAAACCAUCCGGAGCACGCAGACCGCGCUCCGCAAUUUCCCUUAUUCCACUAAGCUCAACAAAUUUCCUGUAUUUAAUAUUAAUGAUGACUUGAAUGAUCUGUGUACCAGUGCAGUAAGCCCAAAUACUACCAAAGCCACGCGGUACGCCUUGAAUGUGUGGCGAUAUUGGUGCAUGACCAACGGGCUCAAAGACCACACAGACAUCACCAAGAUCCCUGCAGUGAAGUUGAACGAACUGCUCGAGAACUUUUAUGUCACCGUUAAGAAGAGCGACGGCUCAGACUUCCUGGCCACCUCGCUCCAUGCCAUUCGCCGAGGCCUGGACCGCAUCCUGAAGAACGCAGGUGUGGGCUUUUCCAUCACCAGCAGCACUUUCAGCUCCUCCACCAAGAAACUCAAGGAGAAGCUGUGGGUGCUGAGUAAGGCAGGCAUGUCGGGCGCCCGUUCUCGCAACAUUGUCUACUUCUCACUUUCUGACGAGGAGGAGAUGUGGCAGGCAGGGUGUCUGGGGGAUGACAACCCCAUUACUCUCCUGUCCACAGUGGUCAAGUACAACAGCCAGUACCUGAACAUGCGGACGCUGCAGGAGCAUGCAGAUCUGAUGUACGGUGACAUCGAGCUGCUCAAAGACCCCCAAAACCAGCCCUACUUUGCCCGGACCGACAGCGUCAAGCGGGAGAGCCGGAGUGGCUCCACCAGAGUGUAUCACGGGAAAAUCUACCAUGAGCAUUCCCGGGGGCACAAACAGUGCCCUUACUGCCUCCUCUACAAGUACAUGUACAUCCACCGGCCACCCACCCAAAUGGAGGCCAAGUCCCCCUUCUACCUGACUGCCAGGAAGGAGGCCACAGACAUGGGCAGCGUGUGGUAUGAGGAGCAAAGGAUGGGGCUGCGCUCUCUUCGGGGAAUUGUCCCUAACUUAGCCAAGAAGGUCAAGCUGGAAAACUGUGAGAACUUCACCUUCGUCUCAUUCACUCAGGUCUCCCGGAGGCUUGGCUCCCACAGCUGCUGCCAGUGAGCCCUCCCUGGGGCCUGGCCACUACCCUGUCACCUGCUCAGUGGGCGCUCCCUCACGUGACCGGGUGUGGAGCAGCCGGAGCUCCGCAGAGGCAGAGGCUGACCCGGUGUGACUCCCGGUCCGGCGGCUCUCCCUUGGCUGUCGCCUGCUCUCCCUUUGACUUGGAGUUUGCUUUUUCAAAUGAAAGUAGAUGAGUCUAAAUCAUGCAGAUGUUUUAUCCAAAUGUGCAUCAACUUUGUUAGCUUUUAGAAUCUAACACAGUGUAUAAUUGCUACAUACAGGAGUGAGGAAAUUCAUUUUCUCUAGUGCCUUUCUAGCACAGGUUUUCUCAAAAAAAAAAAAGCAAAAAAAAAAAAAAAAAAAGGAAACUGUUAAGUAGUUAUUUAAAAAAAAAAAAAAAAAAAAAUCCCAGUAGCCCAGUAGCUUUAGAUGUUAGGAAGACUGUACACUUCGUUGAAUUACACUCACAAUUAGGAAACAGAGAGAGGCAGACACGUUCCUAGAAGACAGAUUGCGCCUGACGCUGCUUUGUUUUUGUUGGUGGAUAACGUGGUUCUGGAGCGCAGGCAGCCUCCUGUCGCGGAAGAUCCUCAAGCGACAGUUGAUCAGCUGACAGGGACACAGGGGCCAAUCCACAGCUCCCAGCGGCGGGAGGAACCCCAUCUCGGCUGUCAAUGGAGAGAACUUUAUGAUAAAAGAUUCACACACCCGAGGGGUGUCUGUGAGAACAAGGCUUCUAGCGAACUAGACAGUUUGUACCGUGAGGGAAUUUCUAGUAGUGAAAGAAAAGGGCUUGGAAAAGCCAAUCUGUGAUCAAAAUGUGAAAACCUCCUGAAGCAGAAGUGCCUGUGUUUUAUUUCUCUGCACCAUGUGAGAGCUCUUUUGAUUUGAACAUUUUUUGAGGUUUGUCUGUUCUUCAUGUCAUCCCUUCAUUCCGUCAGCAUAUAGCACUGGAUCUAUAAAACAACUAAAGGUAAUUUUUAGUCUUAGCCAAGGAAAUCUAACCAAGCAAGCUGCAAAAAACACAGAUCCCCCAAAUUUCUUAAGCUUUGGAAUAUUUUUGUCAGUGUAUGACUUUUCAGCCACAAUAGAUGUCAUCAUUUUAGGUUGGCACCAAUGCUUGGGACAUGCCACCAGGUAAGCAAACCUGGCAUUAAUGAUGUAGCUACAAAAUUAGCACAUCAUGGUAGAUAAUGCAGUUUGAAACCAUUUCACUUAGGCAAAAUGCAACCUGACCACAUUCUUUAAAAAUCAGCAGAAUUUUCCAAUAACUACCCCUGAGUGCAACACGUGAAAAAGGAGCUCAGAGCGCUAAUUAAUAACAACAAUAAUUUCUAGGGACCCUGACUUUGUAUUUGAGAAAAAUCUCUUGUACCUUUAUUCCAUUAUGCUCCUAUAUAUGUUUUCUAAUCCCAAAUUAAAAUUCUAAUACAAAUUCAUUUUGUAGAA